ACAUAUGAAGUGUUUACGUUGCAGUGAGCUGUUGCGUGGUUGUUGAGUAAAAGCUAUUAUGGGAUCGUCAUAGGUCUAGUAGUAGUCUACAAAACUAAAACACAAGAAAGAAACACAAAGAUUGGUCAUUUGUGUUUGGCGAACCAUUCGACAAUGUACAAACUGACGCACUUGUUUCUGAACCGACAAUGCUCAUUCAUGGCGAUGAGGCAUCUCGGCAGGAAUCGAGUAAUGGCCCAAAGGGCCUCACUUUCUUCGUCUGCGGUCAAAUGGGAAGGUGGGGUUUCCAUGGUGCAGGGAGCUUCCAGAGGAAUUGGCCUUGAAUUUGUUAAACAGUUGUUGGAGAAGGAAAAAGGUCAUGUUAUUGCUACCUGCCGUAAUCCUAACGGGGCAACAGGUCUUCUCCACCUGCAAAGUAAAUUCGCUGAACGCCUAACUGUUCUACAAUUGGAUGUGACGAAUGAAAGCACCAUACAGGAAUCUGCAAAGUCUAUUAGAGAAAAAUAUGGCUCGUUAAACCUUCUCAUCAAUGCAUCUGGGAUUCUUUCAAUACCAAAUGUAUUGCAACCAGAAACAACACUGAGCAAAGUGGAGAAGUCAUCUUUGCUUCUUGCUUAUGAGGUUAAUGCUGUAGGCCCCGUUUUAGUGAUCAAGCAUAUGUGGCCUCUCCUAAAGAUUGGUGGUGGACUGGGAACUGAAAGGGAUGUUGCAGUUGUGGCCAACGUGAGUGCUAGAGUUGGAUCCAUAGGGGAUAACCGUCUUGGCGGUUGGCAUUCUUAUCGAGCUUCGAAAACUGCACUUAAUCAAUUGACAAAAAAUAUAUCAGUUGAAUUGGCACGGAGGAAGGAUCCGAUCGUGUGCAUUUUAUUGCACCCAGGUACAGUGGACACAGAUCUCUCCAAGCCAUUUCAAAAAAAUGUUCCAGAAGGCAAGCUUUUCACAACAGAGUUCUCAGUGCAGAAGCUCUUGAGCAUCAUCCACGAUACGAAAAGGAAUGAUAACGGAAAGUUCUUUGCCUGGGAUGGUCAGGAAAUUUCUUGGUGAAUAUUGUAUUACUUUUAAACAGGGAAAAAUAAACAGUUUUCAUUUGAGUGAAAAAGGUGUAAGCCUUGAGUUGCCUGUUACAUGGGAAAUUACAAGGUAGCAAUUUUAUUGAGUCUCACUCAUUCUUCAUC